AUGGCAGUGCAGCUCGAUGGGGCAGUGGCGCCCCACCACAUGGAUGGCGCUCGUCGUCGUCGCCCCAUCACUCUGUCCGUUGCGAUGCUGCUGCUCGUGCUCCUCAGUUACGGCGUCGAGUAUGUGCAAGGCUUUGCGUACGUGCCGGUGGUGACCACCUUCGUGAGGCCCGACCGAAGCGGCGACAAGAUGGAAAGCCGUCUUCUCUGUCAAGAGGGUGGCGGCUACAUUGCUGGCGAGCCAACGGCCGCGCUGCACACCGCUGUCAUUCAGGCGGCACGCGGUGCCGGUGCUGCCACGGAGUGGUACGCGUACCUUGCGGCCAGCACGAACGCAAACCCCUUGAUCAAUUGCCCUCCACCCCUAGUUGACCACGUCAUCGGCUCCGGCGCUGGCGCGUCCUUCGGCUGCUACUGGCGCUGGAACCAAGGCCGUUGGUCCGAGAUGGACGAUAACCCGGACUUGCCGCUGUACAUAAGCCACGUUGGCGUCACCUUCUAUGCCGGCAACUACUUCUUGGAACCGUUGUCGCCUUCAGUGAGCGUGUACGGCGUGCAGGGCGGCUUCCCGUCAUGGUUCAACAAGACCGAACCCUUGAAGUCGCAACUGCGGCCGAGCGCCAUGUUUGGCCAGGACCUUCUUGCGGUCGGGAACGGCGACACGUCCACCUGGUCCGACAACAAGGCCUCGGGUGGCUACAGCUAUGCCGGAUUCUCGUUUAGCGCCAUCUACAACAGCAGUAAAUGGAACGCAGAUGCGCAGAAAGCGAGCCAAGCGAACUUCUGGGCUGUGUGCCAGGCACAAGGCUCGAGCCGCAUGAUGUACGAGCAGCAGGACACCUCCAGCAAACUGCAGAGCCUCUGGUGGGUCGUCUUCUUCGUCGCCCUCCUGGUGCUGUGCUUCGUCGUCUUCGUCUUGGCGGCGUGCUGUCAAGACAAUGAAAACAUGGACGAGCCGCCGGAGGACGCACCGGAGUGGGCACAGGAGGAGACAAAGCAGGUCACGCACACCAAGUCCUUUCUGUCGACACGCUCUUUUACGCAGCAGCACAGUUGCCACAGCUCAGACGACGACAUGAGUGUGAGGAACCCGAGGGAGGCCUGCCAGCAGAAUCAAAGCAACAUGUACGGCGCCAACCACAAUACAGCGAAUCAGCUGCCGUACAAUCAGUACCCCAACCCGCUCUCGAGCCAGAAUGGCGCCUACAACCAAGGAAUGAAUAAUCAGUACAACGAUCAUAGCCGCGUUACGAACAACUGGAUGUAA